AUGGAAAUUUAUGCUCUUAUUAUGGCUUGGGGGUUGGAAUUGGGCAAAGACAUGAUAAUGGUGAAGAAAGUUAUGCAGACAAUUAUUCAUGAGGAUUAUCUGAUAGGUAUGGAUUCCUUCUUGGAAUGGGCAGAACCGGGAGUGGGUUUUGAUGCCCGCAAAGGUGUAGAGGAUGGAGUGCAAGGUGGCAAUGCAGGUUUAUUCCCAUUUCUUAGAGGGGCGAAAGGUAUAUGUAGAUAUCACUGCUCUCAAGAGGCCAGAAGGGGUUGGGACACCCUCAAAUUGUAUGUGGAAAUCAAAGACCUGGAAGGUGUCAUAGCGCAGGUAAAGGCAGAAGCGAAUUUUACAGUGAGAGGAAACGACCAAAGCAAAACUAAAUUCGGAAGAAAAUCCUUCCCUUCAGACUUUGUUUUCGGAGUUGGUUCUGCUUCGUACCAGUACGAAGGAGCAGUUCAGGAGGGUGGAAGAAGUCCCAGUAUUUGGGAUAAGUUUUCUCGCAUUCCAGGAAAAAUUGUUGAUAAGAGCAAUGGCGAUGUUGCCAAUGAUCAGUACCACCGUUACAAGGAGGACAUCAAACUGCUGGUUGAUAUGGGAGUUGAUUCCUAUAGAUUUUCUAUUUCUUGGUCUCGCAUCUUCCCAAAGGGCAGAGGGACUGUAAAUAAAAAGGGAAUAGCUUAUUACAACAAUCUAAUCGAUGAGCUUCUCAAGCAUGGUAUCGAGCCUUUCGUGACCAUAUUUCAUUGGGAUCUACCACAAGCUCUCCAGGACGAAUACGGAGGAUUCCUGAGUGAGAAAAUUGUCAAAGAUUUUAGUUCAUAUGCCAUCACCUGCUUUGAAGCCUUCGGUGAUCGAGUGAAGAAAUGGGUAACGAUAAACGAGCUGUUUAUUAUUAGCUUCUUUGGAUAUGGCGAUGGAAGUCAUGCACCAGGCCGCUGCACAAAUUGCACCGCUGGAGAUUCAGCGACUGAGCCUUACAUAGUCUCUCACAACUUGCUUCUUGCACAUUCAGCCGCUGUAAAAAUAUACAGGGAAACGUACAAAGAAAAACAAAAGGGAUCGAUUGGCAUCACCCUUGUCGCCCAUUGGUUUAUUCCUUACUCCAAUUCAUUCAACGACCAAAAAGCAACUCGAAGAGUUCUCGAUUUCUACCUUGGUUGGUUUAUGAAUCCAUUGACUAGGGGCAAAUAUCCAAAUACAAUGCAAGCUCUGGUGGGUGAUCGCUUGCCCCAUUUCACCAAAGCACAAUCUCGAUUGGUCAAGGAUUCAUUUGAUUUUAUUGGCCUUAACUACUAUACUACUUUUUAUGCCAUACAUAAUAACUCUACAUCAAAUGCCGCGCCCAUCGAUUUCACGGCUGACUCUCGAGUAACUACAACCAGUGAAAAGAACAACAUACCGAUCGGAGCCACGGCGGGCUCAAGCUGGCUGCAUGUGUAUCCACGCGGGAUCAGAGCACUGCUGAACUAUAUGAAACGUCGAUACAAUAACCCGCUUAUUUAUAUCACAGAAAACGGUAUCGAUGAAAUAAAUAAUGCAAGCAUGCCUUUGAAGGAAUCUUUGAACGAUACUUGGCGCAUUGACUAUACUUCCAAGCAUCUCGCAAAUAUUAACCUGGCAAUAAGGGAUGGAUGUAAUGUGCGCGGUUAUUUCGGUUGGACUUUUAUGGACGAUUACGAAUGGGGCAGUGGAUAUUCAGUGAGAUUCGGUUUUUAUUUCGUCGACCGCAAUCGCAACUUGACCAGAUAUCCAAAGGCUUCUGCUCACUGGUUCCACAACUUUCUCAGUCACUAAGAAAUCAAGAUACCAUUAUUAUAAGCAUCGAAGUUUAUAUGGUGCACACAGUGCUCAUAUAUAACCUUUAGAUACUUUUUGUUG